UACCCCUCUAGACAACGUGCGCGCACAACAUCAGCGUGGUUUUUGUGUGCACAUGAACAAGCUCUAAGCUGCAUAGCCCGAUUCACGGACGGUACAAAGCUUCAGAAAUCCCCCAAAGAAUUUAACAGAAUAGGACAAUAAUGGACGGAAUGGGGGAAGGAUACCAUCGGCCGGACAGCAAGACAGUCCAGGAAUUGUGUGACAUUGCCAACAAGCUCCGUAUUCAUAGUAUUCAUUCAACCAGCUCGGCGAAUUCUGGACAUCCAACAUCAUGCUGCAGCGCUGCAGAGAUCAUGUCGGUGUUAUUCUUCCACAUAAUGAAGUACAGAGUAGACGAACCAAAGGAUCCCGCCAGCGAUCGUUUCAUCAUGUCUAAGGGUCAUGCAGCACCAAUCCUUUACGCUGCCUGGGCCGAGGCAGGUCUCUUCCCAGUGACUGAUCUCCUUACCCUCCGUAAGAAUACAUCCAUCUUGGAGGGCCACCCCACCCCAAGACUGAAUUUCAUAGAUGUGGGUACUGGAUCCCUUGGCCAAGGCCUGAGCAUUUCCUGUGGUAUGGCCUACAAUGCCAUGUACUUCGAGAAGGCUGACUACCGAACCUUCUGCCUGAUCGGAGACGGUGAAAGCUCAGAGGGUAGUGUGUGGGAGGCAUGUGCCUUUGCAAGCUACUACAAACUAGACAAUCUAGUUGCCAUCUUUGAUGUCAAUCGACUUGGUCAGAGUCAAGAGGCUCCACUUCAACAUGAACUGGAGGUCUACAGGCGUAGAUUGGAUGGAUUUGGAUGGCAUGUGUGUGUUCUUGAAGACGGUCACAGCGUUGAGGAUUUAUGCAAAGCAUUCCAUGAAGCUACUCAGGUCAAGGGCAAACCCACGGCCAUUGUGGCCAAGACACUGAAAGGAAAGGGCAUUCCAGGUAUUGAGAAUGAGCUGAACUGGCACGGGAAGCCCCUUGGAGUUAAAGCAGAUGAUGCAAUUGCUGCCAUCACCGCUCAGCUCAAGAAUCCUGGCCCCCACUCAUUGAAGCCAUCGCCCCCAUCCAUGAAGCUACCUGUCUAUGACAUCUCCAACAUCAAGCUGUCAUCAAACCCAGACUAUCCCAUCGGCUCUAAGAUGGCUACUCGUGUGGCUUAUGGAACUGGUCUGAAGAAGAUUGGCGAGAACAGUAAGCACGUGAUUGCCCUAGACGGUGACACCAAGAACUCAACCUAUGCAGAUACUUUCCGCAAGGCCUUCCCUGACCGCUUCAUAGAGUGCUUCAUUGCCGAGCAGAACAUGGUGGGUGUUGCCAUCGGCUGUGCCACUCGAAACAGGAAUGUGGCCUUUGCCAGUGCCUUCGCUUGCUUCUUGAGUCGUGCAUAUGAUCAAAUCAGGAUGGGAGCCAUCUCUGAGACCAAUGUCAACUUCUGUGGAUCUCAUGCUGGUAUCUCUAUCGGUGAGGAUGGUGCAUCCCAGAUGGCCCUAGAGGACAUCGCUAUGUUCCGCGCCAUCCCAGGGUCUACGGUCUUCUACCCCAGUGAUGCUGUCUCCUGUGAGAGGGCAGUAGAGUUAGCGGCCAACACUAAGGGAGUCUGUUUCAUUCGUACCAGCCGCCCCGCUACUCCUGUGCUGUACAGCGGAACCGAGGAAUUCGCUGUGGGAAAAGCCAAGGUGGUGCGCCAGAGUGCCACUGAUAAGGUAACCCUCAUUGGUGCUGGUAUCACUAUGGAUGAGGCAGUCAAGGCAUACGACGAGCUAGCAAAGGAAGGCAUUAAUGUCCGUGUGAUUGAUCCCUUCACCAUCAAGCCUUUGGAUAAGGCCACUAUCCUGGCUGCGGCUAAGGCUACAGGGGGCAAGAUAGUAACUGUGGAAGAUCACUACCCACAAGGUGGUAUUGGUGAGGCAGUUGCUGGGGCCCUUGCUGACAACGCAGGCAUCACCAUCAAGCAACUUGCUGUACGAGAGGUUCCUCGCAGUGGAACUAAAGACUUCCUCCUGGACCGCUUUGGCAUCAGCGCUAAACAGAUCAAGGAGGCAGUCAAGGAAGUGCUUGCUUAAGUUGUGUUGGUCAAUCGCAGUACACAGACUUCCCGAAGAUUGAAAUCAGUCAAAAGUUAAUUCCCAUCUUCCCAAAGAUGUUCUCUUUCUUAGAGACAGAGCUUCAAACUUUCCCUGAUUGUGCAGAAUGUUCCCUGAAAAUAAACCAGUCUUUCCAUGUUCUAUGAACAAAUUAAAAAUUCUUCCUGGCUGUGGAAAUGUUUCACUAUUAUGUUGAAUGUAAUCCUAAAUGUCUUCAUUGUUGUAAAAAAUUGCAAGAUGCAAUUUUUAGGAGCUCGGUAGAGCUUUAUACGUCUAACUACAGUACUUACGUGCCCAGUGACUAGAAAACUAACCUACCCUAUGUUUUGUGUACAAACCUACAUAAAAGCAUGACAUUUGGAGCAAUCAUUUGCAUGUCACGGCUGUCAUUCUUUUCUGUGUUUAAACACCUAUAGGUUGAACGUGCUUAAUCUGCAUAUGUGCAUACUGUUGUGAAUGUAAUGGAAACCGCAUCACAAAAAUUACACAUGUCGCCACCCAGGAGGCAUAAAAUAUAUAGGUAUGAAAAAUCAAGAAUUAGAGCUCUAGGCAAUGUGCUUGUCCCAAAUCAAAUUACCCGUUUUAAAGUACUAUCGGUUAUUUUAUAUAGCUAUGAACGUUGUACACCAGUAGGAAAAGUGUUAAAGUGAGAAUCUGUGUUGAUUUAAGUUUUCUUUCUGAUGCUUUGAAUAUAAACUUUUAAUUGGGUAGGUCUGAAAAAAAGAGUAUCACCAAAACAGUUACUCUAUUUUAGGAUCUUAUUUCACUUCUGUUGGAUUUGUGGAAAAAUAAUUAUUAUUUUUGUACUUGACCUUGCAGCUUAUAGAUUAGAUAGAAGACAAAGUAAAAAGUACUGACAGUUAUAAACGAAGGAAUAUUUUGAAUAUUUUGAGAGAAUUUAGCAAUCAGUUGGUGCACUAAACGUAGUUUAGAUAUAUUUUGUUAACGUGAAUUGAGUUGGAGUGGUGAAUAAUGUCAGAUGAGAUAUUUUUUUGGUAAUGGAAGUUUUGUCUUUAAACAUGUACUCUUCCUAUAGAUUUAGUUGGUUUAACUCAUACAAUAAAAAAAACAAUUCAAUUGAAAAGUUCACAUUUAAGACAAUGAUUAUGUAUUACAAAAUUAUUUUGUACUAUCUGGAAGACCUUACUGAUGAGAUACAGAAAUAACAAUUAUUUGUUUUACACAUAAAUUUGUAUAACUUUCUUUUCUUUUUUGUGGCAAUUUUUUUGUUUUUAAUUUUUUUUAAUAACAAUUGUUUUUACAUUCAAUAUGCCAUUCUUAUAGGCAGCAGGCUGUGCUGUGUACAAAUGGGCCAUGUGCAUGGGGGCCAGGUUUUGAUGUGUGUACCGCAUUGCCUCCAAAUCAGUGCGCCAUGAUUGUUGGUUGCUGGUGUUGCUCGGACUGAUUAUAACCCAGAAUCCUUUGCGCCCAGAUUAUGCGAAUUGGGACAUGGGCUAUUGAGCUAGUUCGACUUUUUCCCUUGGCUUUAAUGGAAUCACUUGCAAUGCUAGGCAAAGUCACUUUGUUUUGGAUGUUUGGGACAUUUUAAUGAUCUGCUUAGCAGAUAAAGACAUGGUUAAACAUGGUGUCCACCGAAAUGCUAUGUACUUCCUCUCCACAUUAUGUACUUGACUUGCAUAUGUUGAUUAAAAUACUUUUUGGAAGAAAACUUGAAAA